GUUCAUAAAGCAGCGAUUCAUCCUGAGAGCUGAGACACUGCAGAGUGCACGAUGGCUGCUGAACAACGCUUUGUAAUCAGUGCCCGCAUCAUCGGAGCCGUCCACAGAGACACACCGAAACUCAAGAUGUUCAUGAUCUCUGUGCUCUGGUCCGACCACACUGAAGUGAUCAUAUACAGGUCCUUCCAGGAUUUCAAGAAGUUUCAUAGGCAGCUGAAAAAGAGGUUCCCUCUCAUGAACCCUUUCAAGAAAAACGACAGAGUGAUCCCCAAAUUUAGAGGGCAGGCCAGGAGGAGCAGCCUUCAGCACAAAGCAUCCAAGCGUUUUGUCCAACGCAUGAAGUUCCUGGAGAGCUACUGCGACAAACUGCUGAAGUGUGACCAAACUGUGACUCAGAGCUCGCAGCUCACACACUUCUUCCUGCCCAAAGACCACGACCUGCAGCCAGACUUCACUAAGAACAGCUUCCUGAUCCUGCUGUCUGAUGGUCUGCCCGACGGCUGGGGAGGAGGGGCUGAUGGGACUCGGCAUCAUGCAGGCAGCGUCACUCACCCGUUUGUUACCCAGACUUACCGCUGCGUGGCUGCUUAUGAGACAAAGGACACUAAGAACCGUCCAUUUAAGGUAGCUGUGGACGAGAAGCUGGACGUCCUGAUCAAAGACCCUGCAGGUUGGUGGCUGGUGGAGAACGAGGAGAAGCAUCUGGCCUGGUUUCCUGCUCCCUACCUGGAGUUAUGGGAAGGAGAGGACCAUGAUGAUGAUGAUGAAGGAUUCCAGCUCGCAGGCGCCCUGUACUGUGCCGUGAGGAGUUACUCCACCAAGAAGGAGGACGAGGUGUCUGUGCCCAUCGGCUCUGUGGUGGAGGUGCUGAGGAAGUCUGACAACGGCUGGUGGCUCAUCAGAUUCAAUGGCAGGGCAGGUUACGUCCCCUCCAUGAACUUGCGACCAUACAACAACCCCCGGGCUGGCCUGUACAGCCUGCACAGUAAGCUGCACAGCUCCACUCUGAACCUGGCGUCCAGCAGGGACCCUCUGGCUGCUUAUCCACCCAGCACCAACCAAGAACCAGGUUCUCCCCGUCAGUCCAGAGGAGAACCCAGUGUGCCCGGGUUUCUCCACAAAUCCCGAUCUCUGGAUGUCCUCUCUGAGACAUGGACGCAGAUGGAGAGGGGCGUGUCCACCCCAGACAGCCGUGCACGCAGCCGGAGCAAUACAAGCACUGAGGUGAGCUUCUCUGGCUCUUCCUCAAGCAGCCAAUCAAGUUUCAGAGACAGUCCUGCAGGCUCCCCCCAGCCGAGUGUGCCACCCAGACCCAAAACUGAGGAGAUCCUGACCCGCUGCACCACCAUGACCCGCAAGGCAGCGCUGGCCACCAAGAGCCGGCUCCACAUGCAGCCAGAGUCCGUCCACAGCCGCUAG